AGUUCACCUGUGAAGUAGACCGGAAAAGGUGCGAUGAACUGCUUGGCGUUGCGCUAAUGCCGAGACUGCCAUUUUGGGGCUUCGGCGCGGCUGCCACUGCGGGCAUGUCGUACGCGGGUUACCAUUUUGUCUACGAGCCGCGUCAAGCUGCCCAGCACGACGAGGAGAACCACUUGACACACGUCAAGCAACCGUACCAGGAUGUCAUCCAUGCCUACGCGUGCUUGCGCGCCAAAGUCGAAGAGCAGCUCCGCAGCGCUGCGUGGUGCACCAACGCCGACAAGACUGUCUUCUUUUGCGAUGUUCAGCUGGUACGCAGUCAGUUGUGGACUCUUCCACGUCAUCUUACGACCGAACACGACCUUCACCGCAUGCUUGCUGAGCUUUCCUUGUGGGAGAAACAGCAUUGCACCGAAUUGCAUUUCCGCGACAAGCCGCUGCUGCUCACCCAGACGCUGCGAUCGAUGGUGUGCUUUGCGUUGUAUGCGUUGAUUUUUCGCGUCGCAGCUCCGUUGUUGGGCUUGUGGGACGGCUUUGCGGGUGGGCAGGCGCAGCUGCUGCAUCACACCGCACGCGUCAUCACAAAUACACUAGACAUUGGUGUCGUCAUGACAUCGACGGAGAAGCCCCGGUUGGAGACACGUAGCGCAAAGGAUGACACGCACGGUGAAGGUGAGAAAAGUGCAGCGCGUUAUAUUACCUUGAGCCCCGUUCACUGGAUUGAGGAGGUUGGCUUUUGGGCGUGCGCCAACAACCCAUUGCUGACGCAGCACCUACACAACAUGCCACACUCAAAGGAUAAGCACGACGGCGGCGGUGCAACGCUGCGUUUGCUUCGUGCGUCACCAUAUGCCACCACUUAUACGCAGCUCUGGCGGCAGGUCGCUGUGGAAACGCAGGCAGACGAGAAACGAGAAGCCGAAGCAGCGCUCGCGUCCCCGCAGUUAUCCGCAUCACCUUCCUCAUCUCUAGUGCAUGUGGCGGCCGAGGAAGUCUCACUCGGAUACCCUGUUCUCUUCGGUAAUGUGGCACUUCCAACAGAGAGCAAGAAGCAUGGUAUGUAUUGCGCACCCGAUGUUACGCGCUACAUUCCUGUUGGGGUAAGUGGUCUGCCGCACCUGUUGUACGUGGACGCCGCACACGCCGUGGCGGACGUGCGACCGCGACUCACACGUGAGGAGGUCUACGCACGCCGCCAACGGGCGCAGCUUGUGCGCGCGUCCGGAGCAGACCUAAUGCGUACAACGAAAGCCGAGGAAGAGGGACGCAGUCAACUGGCGGCUACAGUCGCAACGGCAACGGCAACCGCAGCAACAUCUGCGCUGACGGAGCUGCAGCAUUGGCGCGCGUGCGGCGGCAUUCCGUGGUGGCGGCGUGCGUGGUGGGGCGGGGUCUACGGCGGAUCUCGUCCAUCUGUUACAGCGCCGUCGUACACGUUGCGCUACCACCUCGGUGCCCCGAGCACAGCUGCGGACUACGUAGCAAAGUCAAUUGAAGCCAGCCGAGCAGCUGAGAGCUUUUCCCGGGCUGGAUUGUAA